AUACGACGUUAUAAACACGCGACGCCUGCUUGUCAGUCACGUGAGGCGGGGUGUGAAGGAAGACAGUGUAAAUUCAUCUGCACUGCCUAAAAAUGACCACCGCUCUGACCCAAGGUUUAGAGAGAAUACCCGAUCAGAUUGGGUAUUUGGUUAUUAGUGAGGAGGGUGUACUUGCGUCCGCAGGAGAGCUGGAGAAUGACGAGCACACAGCAGGAGUGAUCAUGCAGAUGGUCAGAACAGCUUGUCGUUUCAGAUUGCAUGGGGCAGCUGAGCCCCUUUUCAAACGCAUGUCAGUGAUGUUUGAAGACUACGUUUAUGCUGUGACCAUCUCCGGACAGAAAGUUUUUGUAGUCAAAAGGCAGAACAACCAGCGGGAACCUGUUAUUGUGUAGUAAAGAGGACAAUAUGGACUGAUCUCACCCAUUAUUACAAGCUCAAAAUGGUGCCCUCACAUUGAAAUGACCCAGCCAUUACAACCAUCUGAUGUUUAGCACAAUCACACUCAAUUUCUUUUGUAAAAGAUUUAAUUACACCAAUUUGGGGGUGGUGCCAGGUGUAUUUGACCUGAGCCAGAGUAAGUUCAUGUGUUUCUCUUGUACAAUUACAAUGUUACGGACUGGUUAAGGGAUUCAUCUGAUGUCUUUUAAUGCAGGAGUAAAUGCUGUCAAUAUUUUAGCCCCCAUUUGUGCUUGAGUGGUCACAUUUAUGGUAUUACUGGACUUAUAAUUUAUGUGUAUUUACAUUUAACCCAUACAAUCCAUUAACCUAUGGUUUCCUCAUACAAAUACAGGACCUUAAGGACCUGCUUAUCACAUCAUAUUUUUAUGCAGGAAUCGUACUAGACUGGAAUCAUGUAUACAAACAUGCAUUCUUUGACAAUGUUUCACUGGGUGUUAUAAUUUCUUUAGAAGUUUCAUAUUCCAGUGUGAGACCUUGUAGUGAGGAGUUAUAUGAAUUUAUUUUCCCUUGGAUCUGUGAAAGCUGAAAUAUAAGUGCACUGAACCCUUUUUACAGUCUAUUUUCAAAUGUGUUCAGUUAACAUGCUUGAAAUCACAUCUUUGAAUAAUUGCAUUAACAAUAAUAUAUUAAAUAAAGUACUAUGCAUA